AGAGACGCAACUCUCGCUCACAGACGCCAGAGAAACUCACACAGAAGAAGUCCAAUGGUUGUUUGGAAACCGCAGUAAACUUACUUCCACAGAGGGCAGAAAUACUCCUUCAGUUGUUUUCACAGCAGCUGCAGGGUUUCCAUCGCAAAGACGAGAGUUAAACCAGGAGUCUUUGUAGCAGUGGACUAACUGUGUUCUCAAUCAUGAACGUGGCUAAGAGUGGAUAUCGCGUUUUCUCUGCCAACUCUACACCCGCGUGCACUGAACUCUCUAAGAAGAUUACAGAGCGUCUCGGAGUGGAGCUGGGGAAGUCUGUGGUUUAUCAGGAGUCAAACAGAGAAACGCGAGUAGAAAUCAAAGAGUCUGUAAGAGGACAGACGAUCUUCAUCAUCCAAACCAUUCCCAGAGAUGUGAACACGGCUAUUAUGGAGCUGCUGAUUAUGGCCUAUGCACUGAAGACCUCCUGUGCCAAGAACAUCAUCGGCGUGAUCCCGUACUUCCCCUACAGUAAACAGUGUAAGAUGAGGAAGAGGGGCUCCAUAGUCUGCAAACUACUCGCGUCCAUGUUAGCAAAAGCAGGUAAAUAUGACUUCCGUUCUGUCAAAGGUUUGAACAACACACUCAGCUUUAAAGCAACUUGUAGGAGAUGUACGAGAUUACAAUUCUGUUUAACUCCUAAUUCUCACCGUUUACACUACAAGCCAUAAGGUGGCUUAU